AGCGAAGUCUCCUUCAACAUUUAUACAAGAAGAGCUGAAGAAAGAAUUCAUCAAUGGCUUCCCUCGUUGUUCCUAGUCAGGUCUCUGUCGUUGAGGAUGCAGAAGCUCUUAACAAAGCUUUUAAAGGAUGGGGGACUGAUGAGAAGACUGUAAUCGUGAUACUCGGACACAGAAAUGCAGCACAGAGGAAGCAAAUCAGGAUGGCUUAUGAAGAAAUUUACCAGGAAGAUCUUAUUAAGCGCCUUGAAUCUGAGAUUUCUGGGGACUUUGAGGUAACUAAACCUCUCAUCUUCAUUUUCUUACACUAUCUCCGUUUUCACGAUAUAUACGCCUUGGUGACUGCAUUUAGGUAUGAUGGGACAGAGGUUGAUGGAAGAUUGGCAAACUCGGAAGCUGAUAUUCUUCGUGAUGUUAUAAAGGACAAGGAAUAUAAUCACGAAGAAGUUGUUAGAAUUGUGAGUACAAGGAGCAAGCCACAGCUCUUGGCAACUUUCAACCGCUAUAGAGAAGAACCUGGUACUUCCAUCACAAAGGAAUUGUUGGGCGAAUCAGAUAAUGAGCUUGCAGUGCUGCUUUAUACAGCCAUUCGAUGCCUUGUUGACCCGAUAAAGUACUUUGAGAAGGUGCUGCGCAAUUCGAUCAAAAAGAUUGGUACUGAUGAGGAUGCAUUGACCCGUGUAAUCGUUACGAGAGCUGAGAAGGACUUGCAGGACAUCAAAGAUCUUUAUUACAAGAAAAACAGUGAGUUGCUCGAGCAUGCUGUAGCCAAGGACACCACAGGGGACUACAAGCACUUCCUGCUCACCCUCUUGGGAAAAGAGGAUUAA